AUCUAUCUAUGAAAACUAAAUACAUUCGUAAGAGAGUCUAGAAUUAUAGUGUAUUUAGAUUUAGACUUUGUUUCAUCAUCAUUCAUGGCGGAGAUAGAUGAAGAUGUGGCGGUUUCCGACACCUGUUCGAUCAAACAAGUAGACGUGACGGUGCCCAAAACCGACGAUCCAACGCUGCCGGUGCUGACAUUUAGAAUGUGGGUUUUGGGAAUGGGUUCUUGUAUUCUUUUAUCAUUCAUCAACCAGUUCUUCUGGUACCGUAAGGAGCCAUUGUCUGUCACCUCAAUUUCUGCACAGAUUGCUGUGGUGCCUCUGGGCCACUUGAUGGCCCGGAUCAUCACGGAUCGGGUCUUCUUUAAGGGUACCCGUUGGGAGUUUACUCUGAAUCCAGGACCGUUCAAUGUGAAAGAACAUGUUUUGAUCACAAUCUUUGCUAAUUCUGGUGCUGGUAGUGUUUAUGCCACUCAUAUAUUGAGUGCUGUCAAGCUUUUUUACAAGAAAAAACUCACCUUUUUUCCUGCCUUAAUUGUCAUGGUUACCACCCAGGUUUUGGGGUUUGGCUGGGCGGGGCUUUUCCGUAAAUAUCUAGUUGAACCAGGAGAGAUGUGGUGGCCGAGUAAUCUGGUUCAAGUCUCAUUAUUCAGGGCUUUACAUGAGAAGGAGCAUAGACCCAAAGGCGGCACAACGAGGACACAGUUCUUCCUCAUAACCUUCAUCUGUGGCUUCGCUUACUACAUCUUUCCGGGCUUUCUUUUCCCAAUGUUGACAUCGAUCUCUUGGGUCUGCUGGCUUGCUCCCAAGUCUGUCCUAGUGCAGCAACUAGGUUCGGGCUUACAAGGUCUUGGAAUCGGUAGCUUGGGAUUUGACUGGUCUACAAUUGCUUCAUAUCUUGGGAGUCCAUUGGCUAGCCCAUGGUUUGCCACCGCCAAUGUUGCCAUUGGAUUCUUCUUUGUAAUGUACGUGUUGACGCCUGUCAGUUACUGGCUCAACGUCUACCAAGCCAAGAACUUCCCCAUAUAUUCCAGUGAUCUCUUCAUGUCAAAUGGUUCACUCUAUGAUAUAUCAAAGAUCGUUGAUUCCAAAUUCCAUCUCGAUGAGAAUGCUUAUGGGAAAUAUGGGCCUUUACAUAUGAGCACCUUUUUUGCCAUGACAUACGGUCUUGGAUUCGCCACUCUUUCUGCAACUAUAGUGCACAUCCUACUCUUCCAUGGAAGUGAUCUAUGGAAGUAUAGCAAAGGGGCUUUUGGAGGAAGUAAGAAAAUGGAUAUACACAGUAGGCUUAUGAAGGUAUACAAACAGGUGCCUACGUGGUGGUUUCUAGUCAUUCUAGUAGUAAACAUCGCCACAAUUAUCUUUGCUUGCACCUAUUACAACGCCACGCUUCAAUUGCCUUGGUGGGGUGUCUUGCUCGCUUGUGGCAUAGCCAUUUUUUUCACCCUCCCAAUCGGUAUCAUCUCUGCGACAACAAACCAGCAACCGGGCUUAAACAUUAUCACAGAGUAUAUUAUUGGGUAUUUGUACCCGGAGCGCCCUGUCGCUAAUAUGUGCUUUAAGGUGUACGGAUACAUUAGCAUGAGUCAAGCUUUAACAUUUCUGGCAGACUUCAAGCUUGGUCACUACAUGAAGAUUCCGCCUAGAUCAAUGUUCAUGGCACAGGUGGUGGGGACACUAGUAUCGGUAAUUGUAUACCAAACAACUGCAUGGUGGCUGAUGGGAACCAUCCCAAACCUUUGCGAUACCUCCAAGUUGCCGGCUAACAGCCAGUGGACGUGCCCAAUGGACAAUGUUUUCUACGACGCCUCUGUCCUUUGGGGUUUAGUUGGCCCUCGCAGAAUCUUUGGGAACCUUGGCAGCUACUCAAAAGUAAACUUGUUCUUUAUCGGUGGUGCUAUUGCUCCUCUACUUGUCUGGUUGGUUCAUAAAGCGUUCCCAAAAAAGCGUUGGAUUCGUAUGAUCCACAUACCGGUCUUGAUUGGUGCCACAGCAAUGAUGCCCCCAGCUAGUGCUGUCAAUUUCACCAGUUGGAUUUUUGUUGGAUUCAUUUCUGGGUAUGUUCUUUACAGGCACUACCCCAAGUGGUGGGAGAGAUACAAUUAUGUUCUUUCUGGCGGUCUUGAUGCUGGAACUGCAUUCAUGUCAGUGUUGAUAUUCAUGGCCUUGCAGUUGACGAAAAUCGAGCUUGAUUGGUGGGGUAGUAUUCCAGACAGGUGUCCGUUGGCUUCUUGUCCGAUUGCAAAAGGAAUUGCAGUUGAUGAUUGCCCGGUUUUCAUGUAAGAGCCAUCAAUUCAGACCUCCUUGUUUCAGGUUAUUUAGAAAAUUGUCUUCGUAAUUUUUUUUUUUUUUUUGUGGGAUUUGACUCUGAUAGACUAGCGUUUAUUUUGAUCCUGGAUGCUUGAAACAGAAUUGCUUGUAUUUACAGAUCAUCACUUUUCUUGUUUCUUGACAUUUUGAUGUAAUUAAGAACAUUUUCAUUGAAA